GGCCGUGUCAACCCGUUAUUCUUCGUUGUCAGCAGGAGAGGGCGCAGGGACAAAUGAAGGAGCAGUUGCGUGCGCGUAGAAGGAGGACGCUGGUGCAAGCUGUGGAUGACGGCCCCGACUACGUGGAAACUUCGGAGGCUGUCAUUGAGUUGUGCUACAUGUUGGGUUGCGGCGUCGUUCCGCGAGCGACACUGAGGUGGUGGAUCAAACGCAGGAUGGUGGGGGCAUGGGAAGACCUUCGACAAUGCGACGAUGGCACGGCUGACUACUUCAAGGAGAAGCAGCACAGCGCCGAGGAGGAGCAGAGGGACCACCAGAAGCAGCACAGCGAUGAGGAGCAGCAGAGGGAGCCUGCGUUACAGGCCAUCCAUGAGCCUCACGGUGGAGAGGACAGCAAUGAGUAUGGUGGAGAAGGCAAGAGUCUUAUCGGACGUGCAGCAUGUGACGACAUGAAUGGGAAUACGAUGCUCGUGAAGGAACCUCUUCUGUGGAUGGACUGAAGGCGUUGCCGGGGAAAAAAAAAAGUUUUCGAUCAUUGAUGCCGGCCGA